CCCCCACCGCCCCGCCUUCAAGAGCGUGCCCAGAGCGGGGAGGUUUUCACUGAGCUUGGUGGCGGUGAGGCUGCGUUCUUGUUGAGGGGUUAUGCGGGCAGGUGGGGCGGGAAUUUCUUCAGAUAGUGGCCGGCCGGGUCUCCCUGAGUUUAGGGACGAGAUGGUCCUGAUUCCUUCAGUUUGAGGGAUGAAGUGGAUGGGAUUCCGUCGUUUGGGGAAAGCAGGGCGAUGGAUCCUUUUCAGUUUGGAGCAAGAAGUGAAAAUAGAUUCCACUCAGUUUGAAGGAAGAAGUGGAAUCAUUUCCCUUUAGUUGGGGUAAGAAGAGGGACGGGUGCCCCUCAGUUCUGGGAAAAUGAUGUAAUGACUCAAUUUGAGUGAGGAGGUAGAACAUGUUUUUCUCAGUCGGGUAAGAUGUGGGAUGGGUGCCCCUCAGCUUUAAUGAAAAAUGGAGACGGUCCUCCUCAGUUUGGGGCGAGAUAAGCCCAAAUGCCCCUCAUGUUUGGGGUAAAAGGUGAGGGGAUCCCUUUUAGUUUGAAGGGAAUCGAUAGGCCGGGUUUUCUCAUAGUUAAGGGAAAGAAGAUAGGUUCCCUUCUGUUUUCAUGGAAAAGGUGAGGAGACUUUCCUGUAGUUUGACCGAAAGGGAGGCCGGGUGCUCCUCGGUUUGGGAGAUAAAGAGGAACAGCUUCCUUAUCAGCCUCGAAUGAACUGGGACCAGUUUGGGCCUUGGAGUUUCUGGGGACGUUGAGGAAGGACGGCGUUGUCCCUCACGGCUUUCUGGGAGGGCCCAAUGCGCGUGCGCAGUGCUGGUCUGGGCGGGGGCCGAAGGGGGUCCUAGGCUCCGGAGGGCGGCGGCGCACUGCCCCCUGCAGUCUGCACGGGGCAGCGUCGGGGCCCGCGCCUUCAGUACCGGCUGCCGGCGGCUCCAGCGGGUCGGCACUAGCGAUGAAGAAGAUGCGCCCCUCCGGCCUGGACCCCGCCCCCCGCAGAUCCCCUCCGCUCCCGCGACGGGCUACCGCCUCCGGCGGGUGGGAUGCGGCCGCGCCUCCGGAGGGCUGUGGCCGCUCGCAGCUCUGAAACCGGGUCAGGGGAGCUUUGGGGAAGGUUUGUGGGAGCGGACUCGAAGGAAUAGGUUUCGGGACUUGGAGAGCUCGACUGGGGGAUUUCCAGAGCUCAGACUGGUUUAGAGGGGGGGAGGAGCAGGGGUCCAGAGUCCGGACGCCCGGGGCACGGUCUCGGAGUCCGGACCCGGCUUGGGGGUUUCGGAGCUGGGAUUGGGGGGAGCGGGCCCCACGUGCUUGUGACGCGGGGGCGGCCGGUAGGCGCGGCGGCGACGCGGGGCCGGCGGCCGUGCGGUGCCGGGAGGGCGGCUAGGCAGGCGGCAGGAUGCUGCGCGCCGCACUACCGCUGUUCGGGCUGCCCCUGGCGGGGGCGGCCGCCACCGAAGAGCCCACCCAGGAGCCGAGGUCGUCCGGCGAGCCUCCCGCAGGGCUGGCGCUCUUCCGCUGGCAGUGGCACGAGGUGGAGGCGCCCUACCUGGUAGCCCUGUGGAUCCUGGUGGCCAGCCUGGCCAAAAUCGUGUUUCACUUGUCGCGGAAGGUGACAUCGCUGGUCCCUGAGAGCUGCCUGCUGAUUUUGCUGGGACUGGUGCUUGGAGGCAUUGUCUUGGCUGUGGCCAAGAAAGCUGAGUACCAGCUGGAGCCAGGCACAUUCUUCCUCUUCCUGCUGCCUCCUAUUGUGCUGGACUCGGGCUAUUUCAUGCCUAGCCGGCUGUUCUUUGACAAUUUGGGUGCCAUCCUCACCUAUGCCGUGGUGGGCACACUCUGGAAUGCCUUCACAACAGGUGCUGCCCUCUGGGGCCUGCAGCAGGCUGGACUUGUGGCCCCUCGAGUGCAGGCCAGCUUGCUGGACUUUCUGCUGUUUGGGAGCCUCAUCUCAGCGGUGGACCCCGUGGCCGUCCUGGCUGUCUUUGAGGAGGUGCACGUCAACGACACUCUCUUUAUCAUCGUCUUUGGCGAGUCCCUGCUCAAUGAUGCUGUCACCGUGGUGCUGUACAAGGUCUGCAACUCCUUUGUGGAGAUGGGCUCUGCCAACGUGCAGGCUGCUGACUACCUGAAAGGAGUCGCCUCCCUGUUUGUGGUCAGUCUGGGCGGGGCAGCCGUGGGCUUAGUCUUUGCCUUCCUCCUGGCCCUGACCACACGCUUCACCAAGCGGGUCCGCAUCAUCGAGCCGCUGCUGGUCUUCCUCCUCGCCUAUGCAGCCUACCUCACUGCUGAAAUGGCCUCGCUUUCUGCUAUUCUUGCUGUGACUAUGUGUGGCCUGGGCUGUAAGAAGUAUGUGGAGGCCAACAUAUCCCAUAAGUCACGCACGGCUGUCAAAUACACAAUGAAGACUCUAGCCAGCUGCGCUGAGACCGUCAUCUUCAUGCUGCUUGGCAUCUCGGCUGUGGACUCUUCUAAGUGGGCCUGGGAUUCUGGGCUGGUGCUGGGCACCCUCUUCUUCAUCCUGUUCUUCCGAGCCCUCGGCGUAGUCCUGCAGACGUGGGUGCUGAAUCAGUUCCGGCUGGUCCCUCUGGACAAGAUUGACCAGGUGGUGAUGUCCUAUGGGGGCCUGCGGGGGGCUGUGGCCUUCGCUCUCGUCAUCCUACUGGACAGGACCAAGGUCCCUGCCAAGGACUACUUUGUGGCCACCACUAUUGUGGUGGUCUUCUUCACAGUCAUUGUGCAGGGCUUAACCAUCAAGCCACUGGUCAAGUGGCUGAAGGUGAAGAGGAGUGAGCAUCACAAACCCACCCUGAACCAGGAGCUGCAUGAGCACACUUUUGACCACAUUCUGGCUGCAGUGGAGGACGUUGUGGGGCACCAUGGCUAUCACUACUGGAGGGACAGGUGGGAGCAGUUUGACAAGAAGUACCUGAGUCAGCUGCUGAUGCGGCGGUCAGCCUACCGCAUCCGGGACCAGAUCUGGGAUGUGUACUAUAGACUCAACAUCCGGGAUGCCAUCAGCUUCGUGGACCAGGGAGGCCAUAUCUUGUCCUCCACAGGGCUCACUCUGCCCUCUAUGCCCAGCCGCAAUUCUGUGGCAGAGACCUCUGUCACCAACCUGCUGAGGGAGAGUGGCAGUGGAGCGUGUCUGGAUCUGCAGGUGAUUGACACAGUGCGCAGCGGCCGGGACCGUGAGGAUGCUGUGAUGCACCAUCUGCUCUGUGGAGGCCUCUACAAGCCACGCCGCAGGGAUAGAGCUGAGGAACAGAGCCCUGUGGCAUGCUACCAAAGACUUUCCUCCAGACUGACAUGGAUCAAGCAUUUUUGGUACAAAGCCAGCUGCAGCCGCCACUUCAUCUCAGAGGAUGCUCAGGAACGGCAGGACAAGGAGAUCUUCCAGCAAAACAUGAAGCGGCGGCUAGAGUCCUUUAAGUCCACCAAGCACAACAUCUGCCUCAACAAGAGCAAGCCACGACCUCGCAAGACCAGUCGCAAGAAGAAGGAUGGCUUGGCUAACACUGAGGCCACAAAUGGGAAACCUCCUCGAGACCUGGGCUUUCAGGACACAGCUGCUGUGAUCUUAACUGUGGAGUCGGAGGAGGAGGAGGAGAGUGACAGUUCAGAGACAGAGAAGGAGGACGACGAGGGGAUCAUCUUUGUGGCUCGGGCCACCAGUGAGGUUCUUCAAGAGGGCAAGGUCUCAGGGAGCCUUGAGGUGUGCCCAAGCCCACGCAUCAUCCCCCCCUCCCCAACCUGUGCAGAGAAGGAGCUACCCUGGAAGAGUGGGCAGGGAGAUCUGGCAGUGUACGUGUCCUCGGAAACCACCAAGAUUGUGCCCGUGGACAUGCAGGCGGGCUGGAACCAGAGCAUCUCGUCCCUGGAGAGCCUGGCGUCCCCGCCCUGUACCCAGGCCCCGACUAUGACCCGCGUGCCUCCUUGCCCGCUGGCCGCUGAAGAGCCCCAGCCCCCUUUCGACCUGCCUUAUGAUCCACGCCCUAGCUUCGCCUUUCCCCCAAGCCUGGCCAAAGCAGGCCGCUCUCGCAGUGAGAGCAGCGCUGAUAUCCCCCAGCAGCAGGAGCUGCAGCCCCUCAUGGGGCAUGAGGACCGCACCCACCUUAGCCCACGCGCAGCCAACUCCCACUGGUGCAUCCAGUUCAACAAAGGUGGCCGGCUGUAGCCCACGGACUCAAGGAGGAGCAGGAGGCUGGACGACCAUGGGAAGUCUUCCCUGGGCAAUGGUCAGAGGAGCCCACUUAGCCUAACAAGGAGCCAGAGGAGCCUGAACUAGCAACUGGGCUUCCCUGGGGCAGGUCAGAAGGGUAUCCUGGACUGGUCCUCACAGGGACCCUUUCACCACCUUCCCUUUCAGUAAGGCCCUUACCCUGGCUCAGGACCCAGUCCAGAACUUCUAGGGGCUAGGCCCAGCCACUUGGGAAGCUGAUGCCCUUUCCUCAGUGGGUCCCCCUAUGGUCACUCUUGUCAGCUGUUCCUGCCCCCAAAGCAAGGGCAUCAUUCCAUAGCUGAUGCUGGUCUUUCCUGCCCUCCACCCACUCCCCAGCAUCAGCUCAAGGACAGUGCCCUGGCACUGAGGCUCUUCAAGGGGCUGGUCCUCAGAGGGAUGGGGGUGGGAGGUGGAGCAGGCCUCAACCUUAGGCUUUGCUGCCCUGUUGGGUCAGCUACCUAUAGCCAAUUUUGCGGGGGGGGGGGGGGGACAGUGGGAACCUGUGUCCAAUUCUUUAUCCCCUUCCCUUUGCUGCCAGUUAUUGGGGCCAUAGUUCUUCCUUUGACAGGAUCAAGGCCACAGGGCUGGGCCAGGCUUCAGAUCAGGGCUGUUUCUUGGCAGGGGUCACUCUGAAGAUCAGCUGCUCUGUAUCCAAGUCUGGAUCUUUCAGAUUCCUGGGUCUGGAUUUUCUGAGGAAGGGAGAUAGUGGCCUCUGGGCCACGACCACCUUGACAUUCCCCAAAUAGGAAAGGAGCCAGGUAUUAAAGGGCCACCGUCCCACUGCUCUGGGGGCUGCGAUGCCUGGCUGCAGUGGGAAGGGGGCUGACUGGGUGGCAGGUAAAUUUCCUGGGGUUAGCACCUGCCCUGUGUCUUGUAUCUUGAACCUAAGACACAUUAAACAUC